AAGGAAAACAAAAUCAUGGAUUCUCAAAACGAAGAUCGUAAUUUGCGACAAAGAGGCAAUGUGGGUAAAACCUCUGCGUCAGGAUUAAUGUUUAGAAGCACUCUUCUGACUAUUCGUAAUACUUUUACAACUAUGGACGAAAAGUAUGUGGAAAGCAUUUGGACCUUGCUGAAAAGUGCUAUCCAAGAGAUACAAAAGAAAAAUAAUUCGGGCCUUAGUUUUGAAGAACUUUAUCGUAACGCUUAUACAAUGGUUCUCCACAAAUAUGGAGAGCGUUUGUAUACCGGCUUGAAGGAAGUUGUGACGCACCAUCUUGAAAACAAAGUGCGAGAGGAUGUCCUUCGAUCUCUGCACAAUAACUUUUUACAAACUUUAAAUCUCGCGUGGAACGAUCACCAAACGUCAAUGGUGAUGAUCAGGGACAUCUUGAUGUAUAUGGACAGAGUGUAUGUUCAACAGAAUGAAGUAGACAAUGUGUAUAAUCUUGGAUUAAUAAUUUUUCGAGAUAAGGUGGUCAGAUAUGGAUGCGUCAGAGACCAUUUACGAGAAACGUUAUUAGGUAUGGUUGCAAGGGAAAGAAGAGGAGAAGUUGUAGAUCGUAGCGCUAUAAAAAAUGCCUGCCAAAUGUUAAUGUUACUUGGGAUUAACAAUCGUCAAGUGUACGAAGAAGAUUUUGAAAGGCCUUUUUUACAACAAAGUGCUGAGUUUUAUAGAAUGGAAUCUCAAAAAUUUCUUGCGGAAAAUAGCGCGUCAGUAUACAUAAAAAAAGUUGAAGCUCGAAUCUGCGAAGAAUCUGAAAGAGCAAAACACUAUCUAGAUGAAUCUACAGAACCGCGGAUAGUGGAAGUGGUAGAAGAAGAAUUAAUCAAAAUUCACAUGAAAACCAUCGUUGAGAUGGAAAACAGUGGUGUAGUACAUAUGCUCAAAAAUCAGAAAACAGAAGACCUUGGUUGUAUGUAUAAAUUAUUUUCGAGAGUGUCGGAUGGUUUGCGCACGGUAUGCGAUUGUGUGUCUCAAUUUCUCAGAGAACAAGGUCGUGCUUUAGUGCAGGAGGAGCAUGAAUCAACCACAAAUGCCGUUCUUUACGUCCAAAACUUGUUAGACUUGAAGGAUCGUUUCGAUCAUUUUCUACAUUAUUCUUUCAAUAACGAUAAAAAUUAUAAACAAAUGAUAGCGUCAGACUUUGAAUACUUUCUUAAUUUAAAUACCAAGAGUCCAGAGUAUCUUUCGCUCUUCAUUGAUGAUAAACUGAAAAAAGGUGUUAAAGGCAUGACAGAGCAAGAGAUCGAAGGAAUUCUAGAUAAAACUAUGGUUUUAUUCCGCUUCUUACAAGAGAAGGAUGUAUUUGAACGGUACUAUAAGCAACAUUUAGCCAAACGGUUAUUAUUGAAUAAAUCUGUCUCAGAUGACAGUGAGAAAAAUAUGAUAUCCAAACUUAAGACUGAAUGUGGGUGUCAGUUCACAUCCAAGUUGGAGGGCAUGUUUAAAGAUAUCACAGUUAGCAACACGAUUAUGGACGAAUUCAAGGAGCAUGUUCUUACAUCUGGUGCAAAUCUGCAUGGUGUAGAUAUAAGCGUCCGCGUAUUGACAACUGGUUUCUGGCCAACGCAAUCGGCCACCCCAAAAUGCAGUAUGCCCACCGCACCGCGCGAUGCCUUUGACGCCUUCCGGCGUUUCUAUCUGGCUAAACAUAGCGGUCGACAGUUAACUUUACAGCCACAAUUAGGUUCCGCUGAUCUGAACGCUAUAUUCCAUGGACCACGAAGAGAAGAGAGUACUUGCGGAGGCUUGGACACUCCAUCAUCUUCGAGCUCUAUUGGAAACGGUAGCAGUGGAAGUGGUAGCUUAGUAAGUCAGCGAAGUAGUGCGUGUAACACACCACGAAAACACAUAAUACAAGUUUCCACCUAUCAAAUGUGUGUGUUAAUGCUCUUUAACAAAAGAGAAAGGCUGACGUAUGAGGAAAUUCAAGGUGAAACCGAUAUUCCAGAGAGGGACUUGGUUAGGGCAUUACAAUCUCUCGCAAUGGGUAAAGCCACGCAAAGAAUUUUACUUAAACACCCUCGUACUAAGGAAAUUGAACCAUCACACUGUUUUUCUGUGAACGAUAGUUUUACUAGUAAACUCCAUAGAGUAAAGAUUCAGACUGUGGCGGCGAAAGGAGAAUCCGAACCUGAAAGAAGAGAGACACGCAAUAAGGUCGACGAGGACCGAAAACAUGAGAUUGAGGCAGCCAUCGUGCGAAUUAUGAAAGCUCGAAAGCGGAUGGCGCACAACAUACUCGUAACUGAAGUAACGGAGCAAUUAAAAGGUCGAUUUUUGCCUUCGCCUGUAAUAAUUAAGAAACGUAUCGAAGGUUUAAUCGAACGAGAAUAUUUGGCUCGUACACCGGACGAUCGAAAGGUGUACACGUACGUUGCUUAAUGCUGAAUUCAAUAUUGGAUGUGUACAAACAUUAUGCCAAAAGUGGGAUCUGCGAAUCUGUGUAAGAGAUGCCGAAUUUGUUAAACUGAAUAAAAUGUGCGCAUGAGCUUAAAAGAAAUAAAAAUGAAGAUCCUAAUAAAGUGCUGAGAAGUUCAAUUUGAAUAUAUAUAUAUAUACAUUACACAAGCUCACAAAAAUGUAGUGAAGAGAAUCGAGAGAUAAAAAAAACCAGCGUCGUUCUUUUUAUUUUUAUUUG